GGCGUGAGAACGCUCACCCUCUGGACAGAAAUCAUCUCAUUUCAACCCUGAAGGUGCUACAUCUCCUUCACAAUCAGUAAGAAACACAAUUAGCUGAAGAGAGGAUUGCUCUUUCAUCCACCCACAAAGAAAAAUGGGUCUUGAAUCAGAAACAACGAAAAGAUCGGGACACUUCAAACCAAGCAUCAUUUUUCUUUUUUUGAAGAUGGGUUUCAUGGUACCUGCCUGCGGAUUUUCACUCAGGAGCUGCAGGAUCAGUGACGGCGUCGCGAUUUGUAGCGUCCAGAAGCUCACAGCUAUUCCUCUCGAUAUUCCGUCCACUGUCAUCGGCAUUGAUUUAACUAUCAACAGGAUUUCAAAAAUAAAAGCGACAGAUUUCAUGAAUCUCCCGAAGGUGAUCCAGUUAGACCUGAGCCGCAACGACAUUCAGAAGAUUGACGGCGGUGCUUUUGCUCACAUGAGUUCUCUCGAGAAGAUUAAUCUCAACAAUAACAAGCUCAACACACUGCAAGAGGGUGUGUUUGAGGGUUUGAGCCAGCUCACUGAACUCAGAAUGACCAAAAAUUCCCUCAAAAAUGUGUCAUCUGCUGCUUUCAAACCCAUGACCAGCUUGAAGCUCCUGGAUCUUACCCGAAACCAACUCAAGCAAGUUGACCUAAUCCUGCAACAGCUGCCACAUCUGCAGGAGCUCUACGUGAGUGACAAUCAGCUGACCACCUUUCAGUCAUGGGAGCUGAGCAACAGCUCACUUGGGCUUCGCUACCUGGAUUUGUCUCAGAAUCCCCUGGGCGUCUUCAACGUCACUGCCGACGUGUUUCCGAACCUCGUGUGGCUCACCCUCGGCGGCACGUCUCGAAAGCACCGGAUGAAAUUCGAAGUGCGUAACGGGACCUUCCUGAGAAGCGUGUCCACUCUCGACAUCAGCGGGCUCUCCAUGGCUCUUGAUGAGGUGAAAACAUUACUGGAGAUGGUGAACUCUUCGCUCACUUCUCUCAAGAUGAAUGGGAUGAAACUGAAACUCAGCAAGCUGAUCGGCGUCUCCUGCAGCAUCCCCACGCUCUCCAGGUUAAUGCUCCGAAACAACUACCUCCCUACGAUCAAUUCAGAUCUGUUCCAGCUGUGCGUUAACAUCACUGAGCUAGAUCUAAGAGGCAGUAAAGUCAGAAAUAUCACUGAUGAUGCCUUCAAGUCGCUUCGGAGUUUAAUGAUCCUGAACCUGAGUCACAACAACCUUUCUUCCGUCCCAGCAGCCACAAGGAAUCUACCAACUCUUCAAGAGCUGGAUCUCAGCACCUGUCACAUCAACAGGCUCCAAUGUGAUGAUUUUGCCAAUCAUACACAUCUCAGACAGCUCAACCUUUAUCAAAAUCCAAUCGUACAUCUGAGAGACUGCUUGUUUAAGGAUUUACAACAGCUGAGCACUCUGAAACUGCAGACAAGUAGCUUAACCACACUGAACGGUGCUUUCAAGAAACGCCUGCCAAACCUUAAAAAUCUAUCCUUGAAUGGAAAUAAGAUCACAUCUAUCAAUUCUGAGGAAUUUCGAGGCCUGACCUCCCUCCAGAACCUGUCUUUACACAGCAACCAGAUAAAAAAACUGAACAAGCGUAGUUUUGCUGGACUUACAAGUCUUGCCAAUCUGAAACUGCAACAGAAUGAAAUCACAGAAAAGCAACUAGAAACAGGUGCUUUUGAUGGUCUGAUCAACCUAAAAAGACUGGAUCUGACGGAGAACAAGAUCAAAUAUAAAAGCAGCUCGACUCGAAAGAGUCCACCGUUUUCCGAUCUGCCCCGUCUGGAGGAGCUGAGCGUUGGUUUACAGGGGAAGAGGGGAUGGUCCUAUCUGCCCCAGAACUUCCUGCAAGGCCUGUCCAACCUUUUGAGUUUAAACUGCAGGAACAUGAGGCUUAAAUCACUGCGCAAAGACAUUUUUAACUUCACGCCUCAGCUGGAAAACCUCGACAUCAACUCCAAUACCCUCUCUGACCUCUCAUCAGAACUCUUCUCCCCAAUCGGAAACCUGAAAAGUCUUUAUCUGAGCAGGAACUACCUGAAGUCCCUGGAUUUCUUCACGCAUGCCAACCUCAGCAAGCUGGAGUUUCUGCAGGCGAGGAUGAAUCAAUAUUCAGUCUUCAGAGAAGAAGUUAUCAGAUCCUUACCUGCUUUGGUUUACGUGGAUAUAAAGGGAAACAGUUUCACAUGUGACUGUGACAACGAGUGGUUCAUCCAGUGGGUGAUAAACGACACUCAGACACAAGUUGUUGAUGCCUACAACUUCCAAUGCAACUAUCCUCCGAGUAUGAAAGGUAAGCUGCUGCUGAACUUUGACAUGCAGUCGUGCUCACGGGACACCGCCUUUAUCUGCUUCGUCACGACCACAUUGGCUACGCUGUGUUUGAUGGUGGUGCCUUCCGUCUACCACUUCAUGAAGUGGCAGCUGGUCUACACGUACUACAUCUUCUUGGCCUGGCUUGCUGACACAAAGCACAAAAACAGGGAGGUUCCUCAUCAGUACGACGCCUUCAUCUCCUACAACACCCACGACGAGCCCUGGGUCAUUCAGGAGCUCCUUCCCAAGAUGGAGGGGGAGCAGGGGUGGAGGUUGUGUCUGCACCAUCGAGACUUUGAACCAGGGAAGUCUAUCAUAGAUAACAUCACUGAGGCCAUCUACAGCAGCAGGAAGACCCUCUGUGUGAUCAGCAGUGGAUACCUGGAGAGCGAGUGGUGCUCCAGAGAGAUCCAAGCAGCCAGUUUCCGGCUGUUCGAUGAGAAGAAGGACGUCCUGAUCCUGGUGUUCCUGGAAGAGAUCCCUGCCUCCAAGCUAUCCUCGUAUUUCCGCAUGAGGAAGCUGCUGAAGAGGCAGACCUACCUGAGCUGGCCCCGGGCCGGGGAGCACACCGGGCUCUUCUGGGAGAAGCUGCGCCAGGCCCUGCAGACCGGGCAGGAGCUGGAUGAGGAGCGGUUCAACCUCACUGUGCUUGACACCGAGUGACGGGAGCAACUCAGAACCAGGGAGCACACUGAAAACUAUCUGCACUUGAACGUUACAAACUUUUGUCUGACUUUUGAUCUUGACUUCAUGUCACUCAAGCCAACAACUCAAGCAGAAAUCUUGGUGUAAUUAAUUAUGGAGCAUCAGCCACAUUAAGACAGUAACAAAAUCACCUCCUGAAAGAAUUCAAGAACCAACCUUACUUAAU